AUGGAAGCUAAAGUCCGUCGACUAUGUGAACGGACCAGCACAGGAAAGAUACAGGUCACAGCAGACGUACAUGAAUUAUGGCUCAAGGCUGGACAAACACGCGACAACCUCAUUCAGCUCAUGGCCGACUCGGAUGGGAACAAGGAAGAGUUUAUGCGGAAGGUGGAAAUCUUCAAGGAAACCCUACGCUAUAGAGACGAGGGCACAGAUGGAGGGUUCUACAGCAGGGAGGACAUGGUGAAGAAGGUUGCAGACGGAGGAUUGGGCUGGAGUGCGAAUUUAGAUUGCAGUUAUUGCUUAUUAUGUCUACUUUCCACAUGGACCAUUUCUGUCCUGACGAACAAGUACGACGAUGACCUGGAGGAGUUUUGGUGUGACAAGCGCACAUCUGGACGGCAAGGGAUAUCGGAACGAGAGGGCUUGCGGGAGAAAACAUCUGCUGCUGGAAGUACGGACAGCCUCGCCAUCGCCGGCAUGAAGGGCGACCUCGACAGCACCCGGGAACGGCAGGACCCGGGAAAAUGCGAAGUCGAAGCUGCCAAGCCGGCAAUGGAGCUAAUCCCCCAGUACAUGAAAGAAUCCGUGGCAGCCCGGGACAAGCUAGUCAAGUUCAUUGGCAAGCUCGAUCCCACAGAUGAUGCGGUUAAAAAGGAACUUCCGAAAUUGAAUGGCAUCAUCGAGUCCCUGGGCAAACACUAUGAUGAGUUGGCAGCCAUGCAGGCUGAAUCCAAGAUCGGAUCCGUGAGUGAUGCGUGCUUUGGCUUAUAA